AUGGACUUCCGCCAGGCCCUUGAAGCGGGAUCUUCGGCUUCUGCUUCCAGUGACACUCAAGAAGCCAUUUCGCAACCUUUGUACGACCUUUCGCUGCAAGUUGCUUCUCUUGAACAGCAGUUGCGUGCUGUACGCGCAGAGCUCAGCGACAUCCAGCGCGAGCUCCGGGGCCUGGAAGCUGAAAGGUACCAGCAUUCCCUCCGCCUGGGGUGGUUGGAAAGGCUUGUGCAGCGAUUGCAUCAGCUUCUUUUGCGGGGGAUGAGUGCUGAAGCUUUUUAUCCGGAUGAGGGGGCCGUCUCGCAGUCUGUUGAAUCAGGUCAGCAGGUCCCUCUGUCUGCCAUACCUGCCAGCCCAAUAUCUCCGAAUUCGGCUGUGUUUGAGGGCACACCUGAUCAGAGUCCCUUAGCGGCCUCCAUGAGCAACCCCGCCGAGGGCGAUGAUCUUACUGAGGAGCAACUGGGGGGCCUGAUGUCUCGCGAGGACACACAACUUCCCCCUGACGACGACCCGACUGCAGACCGAUUGGAACAGCAGCUUGCAGGCUUCAUUGCCUUCGGCGGCAGCGCAGGUGAUUGGCAUGCCAUGAACUCAGGUUUCAUUCUUGCAAGGCAUUCCCGUCAGGCGAUGCCGUGGGAAAGAGUGACGAGGCCCCGCUUGGGGCCCGGCUUCAUGUUCCAGGAGCCGUUGCUAGGUCGCUUCGACGGUCUUAGGAGGGCGGCGAUCCCCGCCCCUGCAGCAGGGCCGUGGGCAUGGGUGCCCAAAGGAACUUACGAGGCCAGGCGACUUCUCGCAGCAAGGUUUGCCAAAAGCGAUGACAUGCUUAGGCUUACCGCACUAAAGAAAAUUCGGCUCAUCGUGCUUUUCUUCCCGGAUGACUCGGAGCUUGGAAGGAACCUCGUGGGUUCUGCAGGCUCCCUGGUGGAGGAAUCCAUGCUGACCUCGACCAUCGAGGACACUUUUUCAGGCAGAGCCGCCAGCACCCUUCUGAAGCGUGCCUCAGAUUUCUCAAGGAUUUCCCCUCGUGUGCAGGGAGCAGCCAAGGCGAUGUCCCUGGCCAAACGGCCGCUCUGGCAAGCACCUCCCCUUCCGGUGGAGGCAGUGCGGCUCCUGGAAGAAUUGGUUCACGAGUCCGAGGAUUAUGCCAGGGCCAGCAUAGCAGGGUUCAUCCUUUUCUGCCUCUACUCCUCGGCUCGAUGGUCGGAUGCGGCUCGAGGGACUCACUUGAGCAUUGACGUGGCAGGUAACGGGCUUGUCCUUCUUGAGUGUUCGACAAAACAUUACAAGACGAAGGCCAAGGACCGAAAGGAUACCGUGCUGCCUUUGAUUGCACUGGGCAGUGGCUUAACUCAGCCCUCAUGGGGACGUGUCUGGAUGCGCAAGAGGGCCCUGGCAGGGCUACCAGACUGUGCCGUAAUCAUGCCGGCCAUGUCGCCGGGAGGGAACUUUCUAGGAAGGGCCAUGACGGCUGCGGAGGGUUCCUUGUGGCUUCGUGAGUUUUUGCACUUGCAGGGUUUCGCGGGGGAUCUUGAACAGUACAGCUCGCACAGCCUGAAAGCAACCGCCUUGUCCUGGACGGCCAAGAGCGGGACCAUGACCUACGAGGAGCGCCUUACCCAGGGGCAUCAUUGCAGUCCAAAGCACGGCAUGGCUCUCCUGUACUCGAGAGAUGCGCUUGCAGAAAUCAUAGUGAAGGUAGCCAAGGUCGUGAGUGCUGUGAGCAGGGGAGUGCUUAGUCCCGACCUCCCGCGAGCCGAGAGGGUCGCAAGAGCUCUGCAUGGCGAUCCAGCAGAUUUUGCACAUCUUCCUGAGACGACGGCUGAGGAUUUGCCGGCCGAAGAGCCUCAAGAUGAGAACAACUCCGAGGCUGGGUCUGACAUAACAAACCUCGACGGUCUCGAAGUGGACCUGGGGGCACCGGCCCCGGAGGAGGUCCGUCCUCGGCUUAGCUGCACGUUCUCGGGAGAGACCUACAUGCACGUCUUGAGUGGAGUGGUGCAUAAGUUGGUCAACCCCGGAAUUUUUAAGUGCGGCAGGAAGGUCACGGCGAACAUGCGUUUGAUGGGGCCUGAGGAGGCUCAGGAGAAUGUCUGCCAGCAGUGCGCAGCUUGA